AUGCCAGUGGUAGCAAGCAAUGUUCAGCCAGCCAACAAUACAGCAGAUGGUCAACCGCGUCUUGCUAAUCCUCCUGUGAUUCCAGUUAGGAAGGAGAAUGUGCAUCAAGUUCAAGCUCAGCCUGCUAUUGCACCUAUGAGUUGUUUCAGUGCUGAAACUAAAGUUUAUACCGAAAAUGGUGAAAAAAGCAUGAAAGAUCUUAAAGUGGGCGAUUUUGUUCUUGUGCCCGCAAGCAGAAAUCAGCUAAAAUAUGAACGGGUGGAAAUGUUUUAUCAUCGAGAGCCCGAAACACGAGCCAAAUUUGUCGUACUUGAAACAGAAUCAGGUCGAAAAUUGAUUUUAACAGAGCUGCAUCUUCUUCCAGUGGGUAAUUGCCGGCAAAUGCGAAAAAAUAUGGAAGAAAGUGAUGACGUUGAACAAUGGCUUCAAAAAUCCACUUUUGCAUAUAAGGCACGUGCUGGUGACUGUGUAUUUUCCGUUUCGUCGAAUCAGGAAUUACGUGUAGAUCGUAUUGUGAAGGUAGGUAGGAAAUAUUUGAAAGGCAUAUAUUCUCCCAUGACUGUAGAAGGCUCAAUCGUAACAGAUGGUGUGCUUACAUCAUGCUUCUCACAAGUCGAAAGCCAUGUUACGCAAAAACUUACGUACGACUUUCUCAUUUGGCUUCGUGAAAUCUUUGGUGGGGUAAUGCAGUCUUUGGAUGAACCUGUCCAGCACUUACCUAUGUUUAUUAGUUCACUACAUCAUUUAAGCCCCUUCGUCCUGCCAUUCUCGAGGUACUAA